AUGGAUCUCGAGCCAAAUUCGACGUCCAUCACCGUUGCGAGGGAGGUGGUGGUAGCGUGCGACGAGGACCUGCCAUCACGAAGGACAUACCAAGAGAUUACCGAAAAUGCGAUCGAGCGAGCGACCGAGACUGCUGGCGGUGGCCGGCCGGCGACCACACGCGCCGCAACCCUGGACAAGGAACGCGCGAAACCCGCCCAAGAUGGCGAUACACCGCUGCUCCUGACGAUGGCCAAGCAGACCAAAGAGCUACACGCAGCGGUCAAGAUCAUGUUCGAUGCGUGGAAGAAGUCGGAAACAUGGAACAAGAACAUUGAGGCAGAGCUGCGCGUGGUCACUGCGGAGCUGCAAACAGUCAAGAACGAGCUACAGGCCGUCAAAGGAGAGCUACAAGCGAUGAAAGAACGCAUGGAGGAUGAAAUCGCCAAGACGAACGAGAACCUCGAAGCAAUCGCGACGGUGGCUGCGACGCGGAACAGCCCAAGUAUGUCAUACGCGGAUGUCGCGCGAAGUGGCUUGGGUGGACAAGGCCGCUGGACAAGGCCGCAACUCGCGGGUAGUUACGCCGGAGAACGCGACGGUGGCAAGCCACAGCAACCCCUUAUUCUGUACGAUCGAUACAUCAAGAGUUGA